UUAGAUCGAUUAGAAUUAUACACCAUAUAACCUCCGAAAAAGCCAAACAAUACUGCAAGACCUGAAUUGACAUUGGAAAAGAUAAUAAUGUAAAGAACAAAAACUCUGAGAUUCACAAACAUUUGUUGUUAACGAUUAAUGGUUAUUCAAUCGAACAAUGGAGACUAAAAACAUUGAAAGAUUGAGACAUUACACAGUGCUAGAAAAUAGUGAUGUAAAUCAUAAGUUUUUGACUCUGGAUGAAGGAAAUGAUCAGGAGAGUGUUAUUCCUCUAAACGAGAGUGAUUCGGAAGGUAUUUGCAGGGUCUGUGCUAAUUCCAAUAGUCAUUUAGUGCCUAUUUUUGAGGGGCAAGGGCUUCAGCUUGAUUUAGUGACGAAGAUGCAUAAGUAUUUACCUAUUCAAGUGACAGAAAAUGACACUUUAUCCACGCAAUUGUGUUAUCACUGUACAAUUACAAUUAUUGCUUUCAACGAUAUCGUGGAAGGGUGCUUGGAGGCCGAGCAGAAGCUUAUCCAGUUGCAAGAGGACAAAAUUCAAAAAAUCUCAGAGGAAAGAAGAGCAGAUCUUACAUUUGAACAGGCUGAAAUUAUUAAAGACCCUCAAGAAGAUGAAAUAGAAAUUCAACAGGCGCAGAUCGUCGUUGAGCUAUCAAUCGAUAAGGACGGAGAAAACUCGCAAGAGACAGGCUUAGAAAAAACGGAAACAAGCAGAUCUUCCACGAAGAGAAGCUCCACUAUUCAAAGAGUACUGAGAAACAAAAACAUACCAAAAAUCCUGACAACAGUGACUACAACGACACAAACCCGCUCAAUAAGUGAGGACGAAUGUCUGACGGAGGAAGACGAUAACCCCCCGAGUUCCUCUGGACCCCCGCGAACCCCAAAACUCUCCUCAAACUCUAGAAAAACAUGUCAGAAAGCCUCUCGAACACCUCGAAAACCUCAAACGUACUUGUGCAUGCACUGCAAUUUCUCGUCGAAACGAAAAAAAUCCCUCAACAUUCAUAUGUACGACACCCACCCAGAGCUGUCCACCACCACAACCACCACCACCACCACCACCAAGAAACGUUCUACCAUCAAUAAAGAGUGCAUCGAGGCAGCACGGAUGGAGGUGGACGGAAAAAUCUAUUACCACUGCAACGAUUGUGGAAAAAAUCUUUUUUCUCCAUAUACAUUUUCUUGGCACAUGAGAAUUCACACUGGAGAGCGUCCUUUCACCUGUCACUUAUGUGGAAAGCAAUUUCGAGUGAAUCAGGGAUUGGCUAGACACUUGAAGGAGACUCACGCAAGGAUAAAGAAUUUUCCGUGUGACAUCUGCAAUCGAAUGUUCGCGACGAAACGAAAUGUUGAGGAUCACCGGAGGAUUCAUACUGGGGAACGGCCGUACAUUUGCAAUGUUUGUGGGAAGACGUUUAAGCAGAAAGCAUCAUUAUUUGUGCAUAAUAGAACACACAGUGAUGUUUUUCCGUUCAAGUGUAAUUAUUGUGACCAAGUUUUCAGAACGAGACCGGCACUGAUGGUGCAUGUCACUAAGCACACGGGGGAGAAACCCCACUUGUGUGAUGUUUGCGGGAGGGCUUUUAGGAUCAAAUAUGAACUGAAGCGACAUCGAUUGAUUCAUUCUGAUGAAAAACCAUGGGAGUGUGCGGAUUGCGGACUUGGAUUUAGACAGAAACGUUAUUUGGUGAAUCAUAAGAAACACCAUAGAGAUAUUGCUGGGCGCAGUCAAGAGUGAACAUGUUGCUCAAGGAAGCCGAGAAGCGGAAAAUAAAACCAAAUGAAUUCCAUCAACAACUAAAAUAAAAUAUCAGUAAUGUUCAGAUUGUAAAUUCUAUCCGUCAUCAGUAUAUUACUUUACUCACUGGUAAUAUAAUUUACUGCUAGAAAGUCUUGCGAAACGAUUUGAUCAUGCCAUUCACCUAAUGCGGUGAGAUCUGUAUGAAAUUGUAUUCAGAAUUCAUUCAAUUCAAAUUGGCAUAAUAAAGGUAAGUGGUGGUAUAGACGAAUUGGCAUGGACUUGAAUUUAAACGGUUCCCGAAUUUGAUCUCUCGCU